GUGAGUAAGAUGGCGGUGGUUGCCGGGGAGUGUGCUGGGGCAGGUUAGGCACAGCGAGUCAGGGCUCCGUGAAUGUUGUUUUCUUUUGCCCUUCAAUUGAUUUCUCUCAGUAACUGCGCGUUUUGGAAGACUGCAAGGUCGGGCAGAGGUGCCGGGUGUUGAGAGCGGCCUUACAACAGUUUCCCUCGGUCCCCUCUUCUGCCCCGACCCUGGGCUCCAGGCCUCUCUCGGAUUCCGGAUGGACGGGCACGGCAGCAAUGUGCCCGCCUUCCUCACCAAGCUGUGGACUUUAAUCGAGGAUCCUGACACCAAUGAAUUCAUCUGCUGGAGCGCAAGUGGCAAUAGUUUCCAUGUCUUUGACCAAGGACGUUUUGCAAAAGAAGUGCUUCCAAAAUACUUCAAGCACAACAACAUGGCCAGCUUUGUACGGCAGCUCAACAUGUAUGGCUUCCGUAAAGUUGUGAACAUUGAACAAGGUGGCCUUGUGAAGCCAGAGAUGGACGAUACAGAGUUUCAACACAUGUACUUUAUCCGAGGCAAAGAACACUUACUGGAAAAUAUCAAGAGGAAGGUGACAAAUAUAUCAAAUGUAAAGCCUGAAGAGCUGAAAAUGCGUUCGGAUGACGUCAGUAAAAUUCUGAGUGACGUCCAAAUCAUGAAAGGGAAGCAGGAGACACUGGAUGCCAAGCUCAUGACCAUGAAGCAUGAAAACGAAGCAUUGUGGCGCGAAGUGGCCAGUCUUCGGCAGAAACACGCACAGCAGCAGAAAGUCGUAAAUAAGCUAAUUCAGUUUCUGAUUUCACUUGUGCAGUCCAACAGAGUCAUUGGCAUGAAGAGGAAAAUGCCUCUAAUGCUAAAUGACAGUAGUUCAGCGCAUUCCAUGCCAAAGUACAGUCGCCAGUUCUCAUUGGAACCCUUGCAAGAAUCAACGGUACUGACACAGACUUGUGCAAACUUCCCAGGAAACAACUGUUAUGCACCAGACAGCACUUUGUCAUCUGGUCCAAUUAUUUCAGACAUUACGGACCUGGCACAGUGCAGCCCUGCACCCUCCCCAUCUCUUAAUGUGGAAAGAAGUAGUGCUCAGCUCCAUAUUAAAGAAGAACCCCCAAGUCCAACAGCUCAUCCGGAUAUUGAGGUUGUCACUGUAGGCACCAGCACCGAAGAGCCACUCUCUCCAUCAACCUUCAUCGAUUCCAUCCUUGAGGAUAACGAUGCCGGCACAACACAACCACAGCCUGAGGACCAAUGUCUCAGUGUGGCCUGUCUUGACAAUUUGAUUCAAGCCCAGCAGAUGUCAGAAGUCAAUUGCGUUAUCUCCAGUCUUUCCUCUUCUACUCAUCCCAGAGCUCUGCUAGGAAAUGAUCUGUAUAAUCACUUGGAUCGAAUUGAUUCCAGCUUGGAUAACCUACAGAACUUGUUAUCAGGACAGACUUUCAGCAUGGAAUCCAGCACUCUGUUAGAUCUGUUCAGUCCCUCACCGUCUACUGUCGAUCUGAAUUUGCCAGACAUGGAAGGCAACCUUGCUGCAAUGCAGGAUCUAUUGGGCUCACAGGAACAGAGAUAUUCAGAGACACAAACAAACACAGAAGAUACAGGUAAACAGGUCGUCCAGUACAGUGCACCACCUCUGCUGCUGGUCGACUCCAACUCCAAUGAUGCAGGAGACCUCCCUGUCUUAUUUGAAGCUGGAGAUUCUCCGUUUUUCACACCAGAAGAGAACCUGAAUCCAGAACCUACGGACGAUGACCCACUCUCCCUCCUAUCAAGCACUGACCUGACACACACGAAGGACCCAUCCAUCUCCUAACUAUGGGAGAAACUCUCUACCCCUGCUUUCUCGCCACCCCUGCCCCCCCCCCCCCCCCAAACAUGCUGGAAUGCUUGUUCGGCCCAUAGCUUUCUGCUUCAGGAAUGGAUGCAGAUGCAGUACGAAGGAGUGAACAGUAUCUAUAAAUAUUUCAUUUUGAUGACCAGUUUGUGUUACUAACCUGAAACUCUCAUGGCAAGAGUACAUUAUGACAGGGAAGAGAGUCAUAGGGUUUCUGCUCCUGUUGUGAUUAAGGGCAAGAUUGAUUGCAGUGGCAAUUUUAUGGUCUUGUUAUAGUCCACCCCACACACCACCCUCCUCUUGGGAAGCAGGUUGACCUCUAUCCUAAGAGCAUCAGGUUCUGUCUGAGGGCAAUUCUGAAACCACUCUGAUUUUUGUCCUGGGUGAGGAACAAUAAUUUGCUGUCUUGUUUAAUUCACUUCUGUUCUGCCCCUCUUCUCCACUUCUCCUUCCCCAAACCCUGCCUUCAUUGUCCUUGUUCUUGUAUAUUUACACGUUAAUCCAGUUGCUGAAUACUGAAGAUGUAUUUUUGAUUCAUAUAUUAUUAAAAAAAAAAAUUUUUUAAAAGUCAAGUAAAUAUUUCAGCUUGUACUCUAAAUCCUAUGAUGCUGUGGUAGAAAGGAGGUUUAUUUUUUUAUACAUUAUAUUUUGGAAGCUUGUAAAAGGGUUUUGUGAAAAAUCAGAAAUUGGAAUAGGGAGGGUGUUGGAAUCUGUUAUAACAACUUGUAACCCAUGUACAUCUCAUAUCAACUUCCCACUCUGAAACCUGCACAUAUACUCAUCCAGAGUGGGGUGAGUUCAAGCCAUUGAACUCAACUCAAUGUUCUUUCUAUCACUAGCUUAGUUAGAGGGAAUUAAAGGGUAUGUUUCCCAGUAUUUUGAGUUUUUAAAAAAUUAGAUCUUGGUGCUUACACUUAUAAAGCAUAGUUUCAACCAGUGCUUGUUCACCCCAUCCCCACCCAGUAACUUCAUCUGUCAGGUUAGUUCUGUGCAAAGGAGCGUAAGUGGCAUUUUUCAAAGCACAUUUUUCACACCGUCCUGACCAUGAUUGAACUUGCACUCUGCUAUCAUUGAACUGGUCAUGCCAUUUGUUGCCCAGUCAUGUUUGUUUGUAUGACCUUGCAUUAUACAAUUUGUCAGUCCACUUGAGAAUGGCUCAAGACUGUUCUGGACUUUCCCAGAGUAGGGCAGAAAAGGUUUGACAAGGUAGGUAGGUUGGAUAGAUGAGCAGUUUGGCACGCCUGUGUUUUUGCCUUGGCCUCCAUCAAAGCGACUUGAAAUAUUUGAAGCCAUCCAGGAAUUCUGCACAGCCCCAAGCCAAAGAUAUAUCACUGAUGAUAUGUUGUUUCUUUCCUGAAAAUUUUUAGAGACGUGUUCAUGACACAGCUCAGAAUAUCUGCUUCAUAAAUCUGGUGCCAGAUGUGGAAACUAUGGUACUCCCAUUGUAACUGCCUAACCAUUGGUUGAGCCUUGUGCUGGUGAUGUCCACCAACAGAGGAAGGUCCUGCUGUUGGUUUGCUUGUUCCACCAAUAGGUGUGUCUGCUGGGCAUUAGCUGCACUUCCCAAUGUGUUUAUUGGCUGCUCUAACUUGGAAAUGUGAAGGUUUUGCUGUGCAAGUAAGCUCUUCUGUCGUUUGCUGUUGCCCAGAGGUUUCGUUGUUGGUUAGUGUGUGUUUAGUUCAAUUAACAAAGAAUCAUUAAUGAUAAACUUUGAAUAUAGAGUUUCAUGGUCUUCCUCAUUCGCAUUGUCAACCUUUAAUCGUAACAGCAUUGUGACUGAAAUCAUGCACUUUGUAAUGAAGAAAUCAUCAUAGAGAUGCGGAAAACAGACCCUUCAGUUAAUCUUGUCCAUUUGACCAAGUUUUCAUUUACCUGUUAGCUUGUUGCAUUUACCUUCUACAUCCCUUUAAACCAGGGAUUCCCACCAUGGGGUCCAAGGACCUCUUGCUUAAUGUUAUUGGUCAGCAUAAAAAAGGUUGGGAACCUCUUCUCUAAACCUUUCCUAUCCACGUACUUGUCCAAGUCAUAGAGCACUACAGCACAGAAACAGGACCUUCCGCUCAUCUAGUCCUUACCAAACUGUUAUUCUGCCUAGUCCCAUUGCGCUGCACCCAGAUCAUGCCCUUCCAUCCCUUCUUAUCCGUAUAUCUCUUAAAUGAUAAAAUCAAACUCACAUCCAUCACUUCUGCUGGCAGCUUGUUCCACACUCCUACCACCCUCUUGAGUGAAGAUGUCAUCUUGCACCUUUCACCCUUAACCCAUGACCUCUGGUUCUAGACUCAGCCAGCCUCGGUGGAAAGAGCCUGCUUGUAAACCCUAUCUAUACCCUUCAUAAUUUUGUAUACAUCAAAUCUCGCCCCAUUCUCCUGCACUCCAGGGAGUCUGGAUACAAUUAAAUGUGCCUUCUAAAGAAGCCCCUGAUGUAAGCGCAUAGUAAUUUCAGCAAGUAUCUUAAUUACCCACAUAAAGUGCCAAAGCUGCAUCACUCUGCUGCCAUUCCCUCCUCCUCUUUCUCUUUCCGCCUUCCCGCCACCUCAUACCUUGCUACUUUUCCUGAGCCCUGAACAGUUAGGGGUUGGUCCAUUUAUUGGCAAGUUAUCCUGAGGUUGCAGCUCAGCUCAGCAGGGGAUGUAUCUUCAUCCAGAAAAGGGAGCGGUGAACCAUUUAGGUUUUCAAUCUGGCAGAAUGUAGUCAUUUCAUUUCUGGUUAAGCCACAAACUGGAUUUUAACAAUUCCUUUUCCUCGGAUUGUCACAUUGGAAUAUAAAUUUAACAAGACACAACACUGGGCUGCUUGUCCAGAUCAAAACAGAUGGCCUAUUUAAUGAAAUCUGUAAUUUAAGACUGAUGAAACUACAGUAUUCCUCCCUCUGGAAAUAAAAAUGUUGUAAAGCAGGAUUUCUCAACCUUAUUUAUGCCCUGGACCCUUACCAUUAACUGAGGGAUUCAUGGACCCCAGGUUGGGAAUCCCUGUUCUAGAGGUGUUGGGAGAGGUGGGUGAGGAUAAAGGCUGUUUCAAGUUGGAGCCCCAAAUUUGCCUUAAUUGGUCAUUAUAAAUUUGUGAGUGGCACUGGGGGUGGAUGAGGAACACUAGCCAAAAAGGCAAAUUAAAUAUUUGAAGGUCUUUAUAGAAAGGGCAAGAGUGCAAAGGCAUGUGGUUACCCAGGAGCUCACCACAAGUUGCUGGACUGCCAGGUGGCAUGAGCAUCUCUGGGGUUGUUAGAGAUUUUUGUGAUUAGCAGUUGAGCUCAGUGCCUAUUGGUUGCAUGCAGUGCUCUAAGUGGUGGCAGAGAAAACAAUGUCAGUAGAUUCAGGAUUCGAUUCAUUAAUCACACACAAAGCAUGCAGUGAAAUUUGUUGUUUGCACAUUCAAGCAACACACUCAUUGUGGAUGUGCUGGGGUUGGCCCACAGGUGUUGCCAACACAGCGUGCCCACAAUGUUUAGCAGCACAACAUGCAGCAAGACAGACACAACAUCAAAACAAAUCCCUUCCAAUUUAAUUGUAGUUCCUAAUUAAUUUUGAAAGAAGAUGCCCAUGAUCUGUCUCUGUAUUGCUGCAAUUCACGUGCUGACAUUACAUCAAUCUGUAGACAUUAUGAAGCUGCUGGCUUGUUACCCAGCAGUAGAGAGGGGACAGUGAUAUGUUUUCCAGAGCUAGAUGGUAAUAUGGUUUUGAGGGGGUCUAAAUGCGGUGUUUACAUGCACAUGCUGCUAACAACCUUCUCUGAUGUACAGAAGAGACAUCACAGAAGCCUUGGCUAGUUGUUAAACACGAGAUACCACAGAUGCUGGAAGUCCAGAGUAAUACAAAAAAUGCUAGAGGAACUCAGCAGGUCAGGCAGGAUCUAUGGAGAGAACAAACAAUUGACGUUUCAGGCCUCACUCUGAAAUGUUGAUAGUAUAUUCCCCUCCGUAGAUGCAGCCUGACCUACUGAGUUCCUCCAGCAUUUCAGAUGUGUUAUUGGUAUGUUGAUCUUCUUUGGGGUUACUGGAGUUGCACUCCAUCCAGCCAUUGAGAGAAUUCCAUCACCUUGUGGAUGAAAAGGCUCCAGGGAAUUUGGUGCUGAUUACUCAGCUCCUCUCCUGUUUGUAUAGCUUACAUGGCUAGUUGUGUCUCCCAGGUGCUUGAGGUGAUGUGUUUAGAUUCUUGGUAGAAUCAACACACAAAAAAUGUUGGAGGAACUCAGCAGGUCAGACAUCAUAUGUGGAGGGGAAUAAACAGUCAGCAUCGGAGACAGUUUCUCAGGACUGGGCCUGGACCCAAAACAUCAACUGCUUAUUCCACUCCUUAAAUACUGAGUUCCUCCAGCAUUUUGUACAUGUUGCUCAAGACAUCCAGCACCUGCAGAAUCUCAUUUUUGUAAUGUUAUCCAGUUCCUUUAGGCAUAAAUGCUUCAUUAUCAAGGGCAUAGCAGAUGGAAGUGAAUAUUGAGCAGUUGUCUUAUAGACAUCAGCACUUCUAGUGCUGAGAUAGAAAGAGGCUUAUUAAUGGCAGAGGACACCAUGUGUCUCAGUACGAUUCUACCAAUCCUGCUAUGCUGUCCUUGUUGUUCCGAGAGUUUGAAUCCAAGGAGAUGUUGGGUCAUGGAGUCAAAUGGUGGGAGGAAAUUGACUUCAGCUGUUGGGCCAUGGCACCACACAGAUUCCUCCAUUUGUUCAGAAGGCAUGGCUGAAAGUUGAUGUUCCAGUUCCAGUUCCAGUGAUAGAUUGAUCCGGAGUGGUCUUGCUGUUGUUUUAUGGUUGUAUUUUGUCAGGAGAUGUUUACGGUUGAGACAUCUGCUGUGCCAUUUCAGGUGACUAAGAAGGGUCACCUAUAAUAUUUUUGAGAUCAAACUCAUGUUUAGGCCAGCAUCUGACCCGGUCUUCUUUCCCAUCCACUGCCACCCCCCCCCCCCCCCCCCAAUAUAAAGGUGGGUGAUGAGAAAGAGGGAGCUGUACCUUGUAUCCAGCCUCCCCUUUCCUUGUGCUUGGAAUGUAUGGCAGGACACGUAUGGAGGGAUCUUUUCUUUCCUUACCCUACUGAGGUGUUGGUUGGGGGGGGGGGGGGGGGCGAACACAGGCAGUAAUUUUAUUCUAUGACUAUCCCAUUCUGUCCGUACCCUGGAGUAGGGAGGGGUGGCAGUUCACUCUGUAUCUGACCCAUUCAUGUCCCUACUCUACUGGGGUAUUGGUUUGGGCGGGGUGUGGAGGUGAUCGGUAGUUUUAUUCUGUUUCUAUCCUGUUCUGUCCCUACCCUGGAGGUAGGGAGGGGUGGCAGUUCACUCUGUAUCUGACCCAUUCUUGUUCCUGCUGUGGAUAUGUUUAGCGGGACAGUGUAAAGGAGUUUUACUCUGUAUCCAGCAAUAAAUACUGAAACAGGCUUUUUAUUCCAGACUUAAUUAACAGACAUUUAAAUUCCACAGUGGUAUUUACAUAUGAUUUUUCCCAGAGUUCAGAUUAUUCGGUCUUUGACUUAACUCUUGAUCCAAAAGAUGCUUAUCUUGACCCUGUGCACUCCCUCAGCAUCCACAGGCAUGCGGUGAAUUCCAGUUCCACAGAGCAGAUAAGAGUUUCAGCCCUGCCUGGAAGCUGAUCUCCAGGGCAGAAGGAGCAUGCUGCAACCAGUGAAAACAUCUCUAGAUGGUCUCUGGGGUGCCAGAGUUACAUAGAGGUUAGUGGGGAUGCUAUUACAGUUUUGCAUGUAAGGUGUUCAUAGGUUCUUUUCCGUGGGUUUCCUCCGGGUGCUCUGGUUUCCUCGCAGUCCAAGGGUAUAUUGUUUAGUAGGUUAAUUGUCAUUAUAAAUUGUCCUGUGACUAGGCCAGGGUUGAAUCAGUGUGUAGCUGGGCUGGUAUAAAUUGUCCCGUGAUUAGGCCAGUUUGAAUCAGUGUGUAGCUGGGCUGGUAUAAAUUGUCCUGUGACUAGGCCAGGGUUGAAUCAGUGUGUAGCUGGGCUGGUAUAAAUUGUCCCGUGAUUAGGCCAGGUUGAAUCAGUGUGUAGCUGGGCUGGUGUAAAUUGUCCCGUGAUUAGGCUGGGGUUGAAUCAGUGUGUAGCUGGGCUGGUGUAAAUUGUCCCAUGAUUAGGCCAGGGUUGAAUCAAUGGGUAGCUGGGCCAGUGCAGCACUUUGGGCCAAAAGAACCUGUUCCGCACAGUAUCCCUAAGGAAAAGAAAUAGCUGAAGAGCAAUCUGGAUUCUCUGAAGCCAGAGGGGUUGAUGCUGAGUGUUGUUCCAGGUGAAGUGUCCAGGAGCCUGACUGCCCAUAUUCACUGUAGUAAGUCCCCACCAACUGCUGACCCUUUCCAGUCAUUUAACUGAACUCUGGCCAUCCUUGCAGCUAUCUCACACACUGACCAGUGAAUUACCUCUUGCCGUUAAGUCUGCAUGUGAAUUAGUUGUCUGAUUGUGCCUCAGUUCCCAGACACUAGUCUAGUGUACUAUUGAUGGCCUAGUUAUCAAAGGUAUCAUCUGGUCUCCUUUACCUCCUUGAGGGGGUGUCUCCUUCCUCCGAAUACUGUUCCAUUCCUGUGUUGGUCACUGGGUUCCAGUACCAAAAAUGUGAUGGUAUCCUGUCUGGUAUUAAUCUACAUGAAUGAAAGAAAGCUGAUAGAGUCAUGGAGCACUACAGCACAGAAACAGGCCCUUUGGCCCUCCUACCUAAUCCCAAAGCCCUCCAUACCCCUCUAUACUUGCUGUUAUAGUCAUUAGAGUCGUUGAGCACUACUAUAAUACAGAAAGGAGCUUUUCAGCCCAUCUCAUCUAUGCUGAACUGUCAUUUUGCCUCAUCCCAUCAAACUGCACCUGGACCAUAGCCCUCCAUACCCCUGUACACUUGCUGAGUCAUAGAGUUAACAGCAGAAACAGGCCCUUCAUCUGUGCUGAACUGUUACUCUGCCUCAUCCCAUCAAACUGCACCUGGACCAGAACCCUCCCAUCCGUGUGCAUUUCUAAAGUUCAAGCUGAUCUGAACUUUACUCCACUUUACAACCCAUUUCCGAAGCCCUUUGAGACUUUCAGACUAAAGUUUAAUAUUGCCAUUCUGAUUUGAGGUUUUUAAGUAAUUCCAAUAUGUAAAAACAAACACAUUGUUACAUGUCUGAUAUGUCAGGAGAGUAAACUAUUAGGUAAGCAAAUGAAAUGGCAGUCUUUAUUUGCAAGGGUCUCAGAGUAUAAGAGUAGGAAGUCCUUAUGUGGUGUGUACAGUUUUGAUCUUCACAGUCUAAAUGAACACGAAUUCAGUGUGAAGAGACUGGAGUACCAUCUGGUACAGAGCAUUGCCAUGCUCUGCCAUCUAAUGAUUAAAGUUCUUGUUUUACCAUAACGCCACUAACCUAUUCUUCAUGAAUCCCAAUUAAUACCUAAAAAUCAUUUGAACUUGGUCUUGAACUCUACAGUCCUCUCAGUGGGAAUUUCCAAAGAUUCACCACCCCAUUAAAUAAUUUCUCUUUCAUAAAUGCCCUCCUCUUCUGCCGUUAACAUGGUGAUUUUUAAUUAUCAUUCACAUCUCAGUCCUGAAGAAAUUUGAAUGGUUUGUGAUGAGAUAUUCCUAAAUUUCCCAAAUGUAGGUAGAUCCCUGGGAUAUUAGAGCUGUUUUCACACCGAACAGUAUGGGCUUGUGUUUCUCAAAGUCUCAACAAACGAAUUUUGAUGGUUCAGAACAGGGACCUAACAGGUCGGUUGAGGAGAUGGGUGUCAGUGUUUUCUAUGUCUCUGGGGCCUCAAACUAGGGCAGUUUGAACAGUGGGCAGCCUAAAAGUAAGAGAGGGUGUAGAUGAGUAUCAGGAAACUGAAGCUGUCCCUUUCCCUCUGCCCUACCCACGGGAACAGUUCACAACCUGUUGAAGUUGGAAACAGGCCUGUGCUUUCUCAGUCACCCUGGAGCAGGUCCUGACCACAACUCCCCUUGCCCGUGGUUAUGAUCCCUGCAGAAUCAGUCAGACCUUCAGCUUGCUGUAGUGCAUAGACCUGUGGAUCAAAUGCCACCUAGUUGACAAGAGGAGUGUUCCCACUCUUUCAUUUAAAUGUUCCUGGGUGUAAACGGAUUUGAUUUUAUUCUUUCUGAUAUCUUAACAGGCGGGAAUUGGUCAUUUGACCAUAAGACAUUAGGAGCAAAAUUGGACUGAUUUAUUAUCACUUUCAACCCCAUUCUCCGGCCUUUGCCUUGUAACCUUUGACACCCUGACUAAUCAAGAACCUAUCAAUGUCUGUUUUAAAUGUACCCAAUAACUUGGCCUCUAUAGCUGACUGCAGCAGUGAAUUCCACAGAACCACCACCCUCAAGCUAAAGAAAUUCCUCCUCAUCUCUGUUCUAAAGGGAUGUCCUUCUAUUCUGAGGCUGUGCCUCUGUUCCUAAAUUCCCCACACCACCACUCCUGUUGAAAUUAAAAUUGAUGUGAACUUGUCUUUGACUCCAUUGUUACCACCUGUUCGCAAAGCCUUUUGACCACCCCCCCCCCCCCCCCGCAGACCGAAAAUUAACAGUGGCUUUCUGGUGAUUUGAGAUUUUAAAAUCCAAUAUGCAAAACAAACAUCCUCUUACAUUGGUGGUCUUCCAAAUUAGCCAGACACCCACAUCCACAUUCCUACACACCUUAUGUAGACUAUCCACACACCAUAUUCUACCUUUGGACACGACACUGCGCUCCAUGUAGCACUGUCCUUGUUUAGUUCCUGUGGCGGAUGGCAAAUAUAUAUCAGACGUUCAGUCUUCAAUAUUGUAUUUAAAUGCUUUAAAUCCAGAUCCCUUGAGUGAGUGAAGGGAUUCUGAAAUGUAGAUAAAUUGUAAGUGCAACUGUUUUAUGUGAUAAUAAAGAUGGUUUUAUAUAUAAUCUA